AGAAAGUGCGGCGGAAAGUAAGAGGCUCAUUGGGGGAAGGCUGGCCGGAUCGGGGACCCCAGGGCUCCGCUUUGGCCAGACGCAAGGAAAGAAGCUGUGCUGGGCUACUCUGCACCCAUCCCGCCGCUUUCACUGCGCCGGCUCUGCUGCUUACCAGGAAAGGAUGGGACUUCUGUGGUGUGUAAUGAGUCUCUACUUUUAUGGGAUCCUGCAAAGUCAUGCCUCAGAACGCUGCGAUGACUGGGGACUAGAUACCAUGAGGCAGAUCCAAGUGUUUGAAGAUGAGCCAGCUCGCAUCAAGUGCCCACUCUUUGAACAUUUCUUGAAAUAUAACUACAGCACAGCCCAUUCAGCUGGCCUGACUCUGAUCUGGUAUUGGACUAGGCAGGACCGGGACCUUGAGGAGCCAAUUAACUUCCGCCUCCCUGAGAACCGCAUUAGUAAGGAGAAAGACGUGCUCUGGUUCCGGCCUACCCUCCUCAAUGACACGGGCAACUAUACCUGCAUGUUAAGGAACACCACAUAUUGCAGCAAAGUUGCAUUUCCUCUGGAAGUUGUUCAGAAAGAGACCUGUUUCAAUUCUUCCAUGAAACUCCCAGUGCAAAAACUGUAUUUAGAAUAUGGUAUUCAGAAGAUCACUUGUCCAAAUGUAGAUGGAUUUUUUCCUCCCAGUGUCAAACCAACCGUCACUUGGUAUAUGGGUUGUCGUAAAAUAGAGGACUUUCAUAAUGUGGUACCUGAAGGCAUGAAUUUGAGUUUUCUCAUAGCCUUGGUUUCAAAUAAUGGAGAUUAUACAUGUGUUGUCACAUAUCCAGAAAAUGGGCGUACCUUCCAUCUCAGCCGGACUCUGACUGUAAAGGUGGUAGGUUCUCCAAAAGAUGCUCUGCCCCCCCAGAUCCAUUCACCCAAUGAUCUUGUGGACUACGAGAAAGAACCGGGAGAGGAGCUACUCAUCCCUUGUAAAGUCUUUUUUACUUUCCUGAAGGACUCUCGCAAUGAGAUUUGGUGGACCAUUGAUGGAAAAAAGCCAGAUGACACCACUCUGGACGUAACUGUUAAUGAAAGUGUAAGUCAGACUCUAACAGAAGAUGAAUGGAGAACUCAGAUAUUGAGCAUCAAGAAAGUUACUGCUGAGGAUCUCAAGCGCAACUAUGUCUGUCAUGCUAGAAAUGCCAAAGGGGAGGUUGACAAACCAGCCAAGGUGAAACAGAAAGUGAUAGCUCCAAGAUACACAGUGGAACUGGCAUGUGGUUUUGGAGCCACAGUCUUGCUAGUGGUGAUCCUCAUUGUCAUUUACCAUGUCUACUGGCUGGAGAUGGUCCUAUUUUACCGGGCUCAUUUUGGAACAGAUGAAACCAUUUUAGAUGGGAAGGAAUAUGAUAUUUAUGUAUCCUAUGCAAGGAAUGCUGAAGAAGAAGAAUUUGUAUUACUGACCCUCCGUGGAGUUUUGGAGAAUGAAUUUGGAUACAAGCUGUGCAUCUUUGACCGAGACAGUCUACCUGGGGGAAUUGUCACAGAUGAGACCUUGAGCUUCAUUCAGAAAAGCAGACGCCUCCUGGUUGUCCUAAGCCCCAACUACGUGCUCCAGGGAACCCAAGCCCUCCUGGAGCUCAAGGCUGGCCUAGAAAACAUGGCCUCUCGGGGCAACAUCAACGUCAUUUUAGUACAGUACAAAGCUGUGAAGGAGACGAAGGUGAAAGAGCUGAAGAGGGCUAAGACGGUGCUCACAGUCAUUAAAUGGAAAGGGGAGAAAUCCAAGUAUCCACAGGGCAGGUUCUGGAAGCAGCUGCAGGUGGCCAUGCCAGUGAAGAAAAGUUCCAAAUGGUCUAGAAGUGGCGAGCAGGGUCUCUCCUAUUCAUCCUUGAAAAACGUAUGAAAGAGACAAUAAGAGGGGUAAAAAGACCCAAGGGCACUCCAGGAAGGAAGAGUUCCCCCUUCUUUAUUCCCAAUUUAUUGUGUCAUGGACAGAAAAAAAUUCUAUGGAAGCAUCCCCGUUGGGAUAAAUUCAGGGCAACUACUUGACUGGCUGUUGGUUCCUCAGGCAAUGGUAAGGUUUAGAAUGAUAGUGCCACCAGUCUGUCACCAGUGUCUGAUAUCACCAUGUUCUUUGCAGGCAAAGACUUGGUUGAUGUGAAUUUCUCCCUCUGCAUCCUGUAUUCCUACAUGUCUCUAUUCUCUCUCUCUCGCUCUCUUUUUUUUUUUUUGCUGAAGGAGUCGCCCUGAGUUAACAUCUGUUGCCCAUCUUCUUCUAUUCUGAAUGUGAGCCACCAUCACAGCAUGGCCACUGAUAGACGAGGGAUGUAGGCCCACACUCAGGAACCGAACCCGUGCCACUGAGGCAGAGCAUGCAGAACUUAACCACUAGGCAGCUGGGGCUGGCCUUCUAUUUUCCCUCUUUUUGAUAAUCUUAAAUUAUGGGGCGGCCUUUGCUGUGGAUUUAAGACCCCUUAAAGUUAAAUCAUCUGUUAACAGGGUCAUUAUGAGUUUCCAAGUAUAGUUUUCUGUUUUUUUAAAUUUUUACUCAUCCAUUGGAUAGAUAAUCAGGGCCUAAAUUUACUUUAGCUGAGGAUAGUGAGCUCUUUUGCUCAUUCUCCUGUACAACACACCAUCACAGCAAGACUGACAUCAACUUAGGAUGAUAUCAAGCAGUAUGACUGAAAUGUCCCUUCUAAUUGAUUUAAAGGGCUUGCCUGAAUUUUCUCCUACUAUACCCCCUGUGCCCUCUAUCUCAGGUAAUUGAUGUUAUAUUUAUCAACUUGAGAAAUAUAUCACAAUUUUUUUGUUAAGUCCUCAAUAUCUGUAAGUCAUCUCAUAUUUAUCACGCCAUUUUCCCUAUCUACUAUACCUGGUAUCAGUCAUUCAGAGUUUGCGGGUGGCUCCAUACUUGGUAGAGUCCGAUAGGAAGCUUCUCCUAAUGGUGCUAAUAGAGAGUAAAAUAGCAGCAAAAUGCUUUUAGCGCAUUUUCUGGCUUGUGAGAAAAGCACAGAACAGGUGUUUGGCAAUUUGUCUUUUAAACUUAGCUUUGCUAAUGUGACUAUUAGGAAAGUGAUUUCUUCUCACCUGUUUCUGUCUCCCCAUUGUAAAGUGUGGAAGUUAGACUCAGUGACCUUGAGAAUGGCUUUUAAAAGCAUUAAUAUUCUAUGAGAAUUGAUUGGACCCCUAGUAUUUUCCAUAUUUUAUUCAUUGGUUCAGUGGAUACAUUCACUCCAAACAAGUCAGUUGGAAAAGUCACUGUCAUUGAAACUUGUUUUAGUUUGUUUUAAGUGAAAUUUUACUGUUCUUAAGACUUGGAAAAGUGAAAACUAAGUCCAGAGUAUAUAGAGGUAAAUAUCUAUGUUACAUAUAGAUUUUUAAAAAAUAUAUGUAUACACACACAUGAAUUAUAUAUAGAUGUAUAUCUAUAUUGCAUAUAUAUACACAUGAAUUAUAUAUAUGUAUAUAUAUAUACAUGCCUAUGACUUUAAGCCAUUGGCACACUAUUACAAACCACUAGAACUCUUGUCCAGUUUUUAAAUUAUGUUUUUACUGUAAUGCUUUUGUGUUAGUGUUUUCUGUACAUUAAUGUUGUUUGUAAAUUCACAGCUCAUGGAGUGGUAGUCCUUGUUAGCUCUUGCCUUCCCUAAAUUAAUAUAAAUACUUACGACUGCUACAGUUGAUCUGGGUGCAGUGAAGUCUGUUGUGCACAGAACUUCCGUGGUCACUGCUAAGCAGUAGCCAGUCCUCUGGCAUUGACUGAUCAUCUGCCAUGUUCUGAGCACACAUUCUUAGAAACUAAGCUAUGUUAAUUUCAGUGCUCAACUACUGGAGAGAGAAAUCUCUGUUUUGACUAUCGACUAAUAAAGGAAAAUAAAAUAAAAUACCUAUAAGUGAGCCUGAGUAUCCUAAGAAACACUGUAAUUCAUAACUUAAGGAAACCCUUAUCCCAGUGGUAUGAAUGUUGAUAAGCAAGUCUAAAACUGUCUUCUACAUUUAAAUGUCCUUCUGCAGUAUUAAAGUCCAUAAUAAAUUGUUUCUAUAUAGAAGAGUUAUUGAUUAUUUUAAAUUGAAAGAAAAUCUUCAUGAAUUCUUGACUAUAAAACUAUGAUAUGGAGUCCUUCUUGGAUCUAAUUUUUUUAGCCUUGUUAAUGCUUUUCCUUAUUACAAACCACAAUUACUCCUCCAAUUAACCCUUCACUCACAAGACCAGAGGAGAGCUGACUCCACAUUAGCUUUGAAUAUCAAUUCUUGAAUGAGCUUUAGGUAAAUGGAGGACAGUCCCAUCACCAAGGGGCCAUUCUCUUGCCAAUGCUGCAUUCUUUUUGCACUUUUGGAUUCCAUAUUUAUCCCAAAUGCUAUUGGGUGCCCUUAGCAAUUUCUUGAUUUUUUUUUCCUAUUUAGAUUCCUGCCUUUGGUACUGAACUUGUCCUAAAACAUCUCAACUCUAAAGGAUAUGUUCCUUUCUAAGAGAAUUUUGUUUCAGGAUGUUUUGUUUGUUUUAUGUCCCAGAAGAUGCCCAAUGCAGAAUAUUUGAAGGAAAUGGGGAAACAUAAUUUAGAGAGUGAGAAGAAAUUGCUCUCUAGUGUUAAAAAAAGAAACUUAAUGGUUUUAGAUAAAUGAUAUAAAGACCUUCUUCACCCAACUUAACAAAAAGCAAUGAUAUAUAGUGUGUUUAAUUAAACAAAUAUGAAAUUUAUUUAAUGCUCUUCUGUAUUGUAACUUAGAUAAUUCUCUAGCAUUCUAACGAACAAGCACUCCAUUGUAUUGGGAAACAAACCAUCACUCCACUUGUUAAUUAUCCAUUUUGUUUCCAUAGGUUUUAAUAUUUUAAGAUUUUUUUAAUUUUAUUCAUAAACUUUUGUAUUUUCCAUUUGAUUUGUAAAUUUGU